GACAACCACCUUUCCAAUUCCAAAUCUCCAUUUCACACACAUAUAUACGUAUACAUAUACAUUUACAUGUAUAUAUAGAUCACAUCUUCCAUCUUUUUCACUCACAAGACGUAUUACGUACACAUAACAUCUCUUUCUCUCUGGGUAUAUAUAUAGCUGGAGAUCGAAGAAUUUAAGGGAGGCAUAAUCAUUAAUUAACAUAUAGAAGAAAUCAUGGCCGAGUCCUCGCAUCUACCACCCCCACUACCACCAAAGAAGUCUAACAAAAUUCGAGACAUUGUUAGGCUUCAGCAGAUGCUUAAGAAAUGGAAGAAGACUGCAACCUCCAAGAACAACAACAACGACGACAAUGGUGGUGUACCCAUUAAGACGACAACAACGAAAGGUCUUAACAAGUUCCUCAAGAAAACCCUAUCUUUUUCAGAUAUCAGCAGCAGUAGUACAGGUCAAGAAGAUGUGGUGCGAAAAGGAUACUUAGCUGUUUGGGUGGGGAGAGAUGAAGAUGCCAUGAAGAAGUUUGUAAUCCCUACAGAUUACUUAACACAUCAAGCUUUCAGUCUACUCUUAAGAGAUGCAGAAGAAGAGUUUGGAUUUCAGCAAGAGGGUAUCCUCAAGAUCCCCUGCGAUGUUCCUCUCUUUGAGAAUAUCUUGAAGACGAUGACAGACAACAAGAAAAACCAUCAACAGCAGCAAAGAUCUACCCUCAAAUCUUCAUCUUCAACAUCUUCAUUCUUCUUGUAUGAUGAUGAUCAGCAAGAGCAACAACAAACGGAACAGCUUAACUGCUGCACCUCUUCUGCUACUCCGCCACCUCAUCAUCAACGUCAUCGGAGCUCCACUUUUGAUUCCCAGCUGCUAAAGACACCUCCAACCACUCCAACUCACAACCUUCCAUUAUACUGUCGAUGAAUUCAUUAUAAUUAAUCUAUCUAUUCAUCAUCUGUCUUUUUGGUCGUUUUAUUACUAUUAUUGUUCCAUCUUUUCUUUUGUUCUCAUGAUAUUUAAGAGAUGAACACUUUUGUUAACUUCUUGUUCUUGCUGUAGCUACUUAAUUACUGAUUAAGAACGCAUGGCCUUGAUUAAGAUAAUAAGAUUAUUGCAAUAUUUAUGUAUCUUCGGAUUUGAUCUC